AUGCCUUUGGAGGGAUUUCCUGUAGGUGGUGGCCUUCCCUCUCUUGAAGAGGUUGUUGAAGUUGCGCAAGAACAUCAGGAGGAAGUUCCGGAAGAACAUCAGGAGGAAAUGGUGGAAAAUCAUCAUAACAACAACCACGACAAUCAGCCUCCUACCCAAUCUUUCAAGAUCAAGCUCAAGUUAGCGCCACGUAUACCAUCAACGGAAAAACUAGCUGGUGAUGGAGAAGGAGGAGCUGAUCUAAACAACAAAGAGACUUUGGUUAAGAAGCCAAAAAUGUCCCAAAAGUCACAACCAGCAGGGGAAGAUGAUCAAGCCGGGCAACCCACCACUAAGGCUGGCAGAGCCAGAGCUGUCAGAGCAAAACGUGGGGUAAAAAAGUUCUCAUCAUAA